CAGUCGUCGGUCCUGAUAUAGAAUCUUCACCUCGUAUAAAGAGGCUUUCCAUUAUCAUCUCUGUUCCUAACUUUCAAUUCGUUGACGCUACAUUGUUGUGUUUUUGCUGUUUCUUCAUUCAUAGGCUUUCUCAGGUCAUCUUGCUCACUUCCACUAAAAAUCUUGCAACCUUCGGUAACAUAAGCGGCUGAGACUUUAUUAUAUCGGAUUGUGUGAGAUGGCUGAGGAGGGUCAGAAGGUAUCAUUGAACGUUUACGACUUAAGCCAAGGAUUAGCUCGCCAGCUCUCCACGGCAUUUUUGGGGAAAGCAAUUGAGGGCAUUUGGCACACAGGCGUAGUCGUUUAUGGUCAUGAGUACUUUUUUGGGGGCGGUAUACAACAUGGCACUAUUGGAAAAACACAAUAUGGAACCCCGAUUAAAGUGGUAGAUCUCGGUGUCACGCAUGUUCCCAAAGAUGUUUUUGAAAUGUAUCUGCAGGAGAUUAGCCCUCGGUAUACAGUCGAAACCUAUGACCUCCUAAAUCACAAUUGCAACAACUUCAGCAACGAGGUUGCUCAAUUUUUGGUGGGUGUGACUAUUCCAGAGUAUAUUCUGAACCUCCCUAAUGAAGUUAUGAGCAGCCCAAUGGGUUCUCUUAUAUUGCCUAUGAUACAGAAGCUGGAGACAACAUUGAGAGAAGGUGUUGUUCCCCAAACUCCACAAUUCAGGCCGUCUACGAUGGCCCAAACAUCCCAGCCCAUGAGCUCUGCCAACAAAACUUCGGGUAGUUCAUCCACGGGAGGAGGGGAUAAAGUGAAAUCUGAAGAGCAACCUGCAAAGGUGGGGGAGUCAAAGACGACGGACAACAUAGUCCCUCCUGCUGCGAAACCUGCUAUCGCACAAGAGAAGUCGCCUGUCAAUGGUGUUGCAGGAGAUCCUCUAGGGGAUGCACGUAGCAAGGUGCAGGAGGAGAUCGGCAAUGAAUUUGCUGCGCUAAUGGCAACUGGAACAUUGCGUGCGAGUGAAGCCGCAGCCAUCGCUACUAGGAAAGUGAUGCAGAGGUAUGGACAUAUUAAUGUUGCACAAAGCUAGCACUGAGAAGGAAAGAAUUGAACUAGUUGGUACAACUACCUUUGCUGUAACAUCUUAAUUUUUAUGUAAAACCAUAUUCUUCUGCAAAUUGCAAAUGAACUUUGUUGGGGGGCUUGAAGCUGGGAUGUUCUCAGCUUCACAAUUGAUUAAAUUGAGUAUGAGGCAUUUGAAUUAAAUUAAAUUAAAUUUAAAUAAUUAGUUAUA